GGCUCUGACCUGAGAAAAACCAAGCUCUUGAAAAUUUGAAUCAAUGGGAUUAUUUACGCAUGUAUAACUGGAAUCCGCUCCUAGAUGCCGAUUUUGCUGCAGAAAAGAUACUCUUGCUCCCCACCCCCUCCUUUCUUUUUGACAGUCAGUUAAUAAAGACUCAACAAUAAGCAGCUGCCAGUGAUGUCAUUUGGGACUUUGUCCACGGAGCUUGUAUUUACAAGCUCGGAGCAACCACGGGGCCGCAGCCCGGGGAGCAAGUCUCCACAAACUCGCUCCGAAUUCACUGCAGGACUUCACUGCCACUUUGGACGUUCAGGAGAACUGAGUGUGUUCUCUUAGCACGGCCUUUUUAAUGCUUCAAAAAUAAACAGAGGAUCAACUCGGGAAGAAAUUUUCAGCUGGAGAGAGCCGUGGCUGUGUGCGUCUCCAGGACUGUGAUAUGUAUUGACUGAAGAGCUAACUACAAUGACCCUGGAAACAGAAGGGGAAUUCUUAUAAAUCACAAAGGAAAAUAAAUAACUUCACCCAUGGAGGGAAAGAGACAGCUUGAGAAAAGGGACUUUGGAAAAAGGCUGUCUCUAGACAGCAGUCUUGUGGAAUACAUGGACUCCAAUAAAUACAUCGAGCAUCUUCUAACUCAGCUCGAGGAGCAACACAGAAGUCUAUGGAGGGAGAAGUUGGCUGUGGCCCGGCUGCAGCGAGAAGUUGCCCAAAGAAGAAGUGAGGGGGCCAUGCAUGAGAAGCUGAUGCAUGAAUUGGAAGAGGAGAGACACUUACGUCUUCAGAGUGAGAAGCGGUUGCAGGAGGUGACACUGGAGUCUGAGCGCAACAGAAUUCAGAUGCGAGGCCUCCAGCAGCAGUUCUCCAGGAUGGAAGAAACAGUACGAAAUCUACUGCAGAGUCAAGGCCCUCCAGAGCAGAAAAAAGAAGAAGCUGUUAAUAUAAUGGUCUAUCAGGAAAAACUGUCGGAGGAAGAGAGAAAACACAAGGAAACUUUGGAAGGUCUUCACAUGGUGCUGGAUGAGGAUUCGAGAAGUGAAAGCAGCAGUGCAGAUGAGGGGAAAGAAAACACCAAAUUCCUGUUGGAAAGAUUGAAAGCUCUAGAGGCAGAGAAUUCAGCAUUGGCUUUGGAAAAUGAAAAUCAAAGGGAACAGUAUGAGCGAUGUCUUGACGAGGUAGCCAACCAAGUUGUUCAAGCUCUGCUCACUCAAAAGGAUCUAAGGGAGGAAUGUGUAAAGUUGAAAACAAGAGUGUUUGAUUUGGAACAACAGAAUCGAACGUUAAGCAUCCUGUUCCAACAGCGAAUCAGACCAACUUCUGAUCUGCUCCUCCAGAAACUUCACUCACGCAUCUUAGAUCUUUCAUCCGGAGAUUUGCUUUCAGAUGUGGAAAGAAGCCGAGGUCUGACGCAAUCGCGGACUGAUGUUGAGAUUCAUGAAUGCCAGCUGAAUGCAAAAUCAGGAGUCCCUGCUUUGAAAUGCCCUGGUUUGAGGGUUGUCAUCCCUGGUCAUCUCUGUCCUCGAAACAGCUGCAGCAGCAGUGAGCUGUCUCUUUCGAGCACCUGCAGCGAGUACUCCAGUGGCUCCUCCUACACGUGGCAUGAUGGAAAGAACCUCAGGAAAAGGAAAUCAUCACAAAACCGGGAUAAAAGGCUAAGUAUUGACUCUUCGCUCCCGAGUGGCUUUGCCAGUCCUACGGAUGAACUACCUCCAACUCGUAUCAAGGAAAGUCACAUUUUGGAAGGACUGAGGAAGCUACAGAAGCGAAAAGUGUUACUUGAACCCCCGUCGGUGAUAACCAAAUGGGGUUAUAAAGAUUGCAUGAACUCCAAUGAAGGGAUAUAUUCUCCAGGAAUUAAGAGUAGCAGCCCCAAGGACUAUGCCCCCUGCACACCGGCCGACACGAGGAGCCCCUGCCAGGAGCCCCACGAGACAUUUGUUUAUGACACAGAUUCCCACGAUGAUGCCGAUGAGGACCCUUCCUCCUUAGCCUUGCUCCAGGCAGCCCCAAGUCAGGGCUGCAGGCUGCACAGUCGUAAAUUAACCCACAGCGUUUCCGACAGCCUCUUUGGCUGGGAGCUGAAUAGAACACACUUUUCAGAAGGUACGUCCUCAGUUUACCCCAGGGAAAAGCCCGAAAAGCUGACCAGCUGUGCCAGCAACUGCCCCUGGGAGAGAGAGCUGUGCCCAAGUGUGCAGGCACCUCAGGUACGGAGAGAGAGGGAGCCACGUGGCCCCGGUUCUGGCCGUGUGGCCCUCAGUCUCCAGCUUUCAGACACCGAUGACAAUGAAGCCCUCGAUGAGUUGCACAUAGGUAGCAGUGACGAGAAAAGCCCUUCAGACUUGUCACUGACUGCUGACACUGACAAGUCCAUGGACAAUCUGGACAUCCUCAUGGGAUUUGGAAAAUCUCAACUUGGGUCUCCUGAUGAGGAAGAAAAACAAGUGCCCAUCCCCUUAGAGAGUCGGCCAAAGACAUUCAGCUUCAUUAAGCAGCAAAGGGUUGUAAAAAGGACUUCUUCAGAAGAAUGCGUUACCGUCAUAUUUGAUGCGGAAGAUGGCGAGCCCAUCGAAUUCAGCUCUCACCAGACGGGCAUUGUCACUGUUACCAGAAAUGAAAUCUCCAUCAACCAGGCCCCUACUGGACCCAAGGCAGAACACACUGAACUUUUACCUCAGGGAAUUGCUCAUUUACAGCCAGGAGCUGCUGCGAGAGACUACACUUUCUUAAAGAGACCUGAAGAGGAAACGGAGAAAAACAUUCCAAAAGAUGGCGUAGACGAUGUUGCCGUGGCACCCAGUGGCUCUUUCAGCCCCAGGACAGUAGCGCCAAGUACUCAGCGACAAAGACUGGCCAAACCAACACUCAAUUUGUCAUGCCAGAGUAAUUCUAGGUCUUCACUGUCCAUGGGUAUCUAUCAAAAGCAGAGUCUGACAAAAAUCCCUGCCAGGGGCAAGGCUUCACCUCAGAAAUCAAAAAUAAUGGAGCCUGAAGCCUCUGCGAGAGUCCCCUCCUCUGGCCCAGUGUCUCUUGAAAAAUCACCAGCCUUAGCUCCUGGGAAACUCUCGCGGUUUAAGAAGACUGAUGUCCCGGCACCCCUUUUUGAUUUACAGCCAGAUUCACACAUUCCAAAACAUGCCAGCCAACUGCCUCAUGGCUCCAAAAUGUCCAGCAGAAAAGAUUGGGUCCCGUGCUCCAAGAGUCAGAUCCCAGCGUCACAGUUGCUGCCAAGGUCCCUCGUUGAGCCUAGUGACAAUGGAGAAUCCCCGACGAGGGACAAACACUGUGACUCUGGGCCAGGGGCAGGAAUGAAGUCACCUUCCCCUCCACCCCCUCCAGACAGGUCAGGCUCUCUUCUCAUCAGGCCCACUUAUGACUAUUUGCCACCACCUUCAUCUGCCAAGGCUGAAACCAGGGUCCCCUGUGAAACAGCAAGGACCAUGUACAAAUCCCCCCCUCUGAAAGGAUCCUCUGCUCCUGUUAUUUCUUCUAAUCAGAUCAUGGCAGAAGUGCCGGGUAAGAAACCUUCUGUGGCCUUCAGAAAGCCUAUCUUCACUCACCCUCUGCCCUCCACAGAAACAGUGAUUCAAACCAGAUGUUCUGUGCAUACCCCCUCCAGUUCCUUUGCCAUGAUGGCCCCAGGGCCCCCAAAAGUCUCUCCAAAGAGAGGUGUCCCCAAAACCCCACCUCACCAAACACUUGGGACCACACAAACAGACACUGGGUUACGGACUCCCAAGAAUUGUCCUUCAGCCCAUGAACCACUGGAAAUACUGUCCUCCAAAAGUAUGUCUCCAGGAAGAAAAGGACAACUGAACGACGAUGUCCUCACAUCACCUAAGCCUUCCUUCCUAGGGGUGAAUGAGUCACCGUCAUGUCAGGUUAGCAGUCACUCAUCAUCACCAUGCUCCAAAAGCCAUAACACCCCACAUGGUUGUCAAAACACUCAUGAGAAAGGUCUGAAAACCCGCCUCCCGGUUGGGCUCAAAGUUCUCAUGAAGUCUCCCCAGUUGCUCAGGAAAAGUUCCACAGUGCCAGGGAAACAUGAAAAAGACAGUCUGAAUGAAGCCUCUAAAAGUUCAGUGGCUGUGAGCAAGCCUAAGCCUGAGGACGCUGGGAAUCCGCUGAGCCUGGAGACCACAGCGGAUGAAAGAAAUGUGAUGCCCCUGGGUUUUCAGGCACAAGACAGUCUGGCUGAAGGGCUUCCCCCCGAAACAGCAACGGCAGAGUCAUUGGAAAAUAGCAUUCCCAGGGCUGAUGGAAAAGAUGGGGUAGAAAACAAAUCUGUGAGAAGAUCCCUUUCCUCCAAUAAGCCACACCUAAAACCAGCCCUAGGCAUGAAUGGAGCCAAAGCGCGCAGCCAGAGUUUCAGCGCUCACUCAGGAGACAAGCCCCCUACGCCCCCCAUGGAAGGGCCAGGCAAAGUUCGAACUCAGAUUAUUACUAACACUGCUGAGAGAGGCAAUUCCCUCACCCGGCAGAGUUCCUCCACGGAAGGCUCGCCCAACAAGACCCCUUCUGCCCCCAUGUCUGACAGUCUCCCCAGUGCUGGGAGGCCUCUGGGGCAUCCCUCCUCCAGGCAAGGCUCCCUAGGGAGUGCAGGCAGCUCCGGCAGCCAGCAUGGGAGCCCAAGCAAGUUGCCUUUGAGGGUCGCUCUAAAAUCUGAAGAGCUCCUCACUCCACGUGGAAAGGAAGAUGAGAAGGGCUAUGCCCAGGGUGGGUGCCCCGGUGUGGCUGUCCAUGAGGAACCAAGCAGCGACCACUACAGAUGCCCACCCACCCCAACAGACUGCUCACGAGCCCUGCAGAAUCCGGGGAGGACACAGCGCCCAACCCAUUUUGAAACAAGCAGGACCUCCAAGCUAGAAACUUCUGGAAGGUGUCCAGGUACUUCUACCACCAGGACUGGCACUGUGAGCCCUGAAGCCCCCCUCUCACCCACAAUUGAAGAAAAGGUCAUGUUGUGCAUUCAGGAAAAUGUGGAAAAGGGCCAAGUGCAAACAAAGUCCCCCUCUGUGGAAGCAAAACCAAAGCCCGGGCCUUCUUUUGCCAGCUGGUUUGGUUUUCGGAGGAGUAGACUUCCAGCUCUCAGUAGCAGGAAAAUGGAUGUCUCCAAAACCAAAGUGGAAAAAAAAGAUGCAAAAGGUUUGGGGUUUGGAAACAAACAACUGAAAUCAGAGAGAAAAAAAGAGAAAAAGAAGCCUGAACUGCAGUGUAAAAUAGAAAAUGAACUUGCCAGGAACACCAAGUUGGCGGAGAGUCCAGACUGUAGUGUACAACGCAAAAAUGAUCUGAAAACACCACAAGAUGUUUACGACCAAAUGAAGUUUGAACCAAGAAAUAGACCCAGCCCUGUUACAUGUUCAACAAAAGAUACGUUUAUGACGGAACUUUUGAACAGAGUUGAUAAGAAAGCAGCUCAACAGACAGAAAGUGGAUCAAAUAAUGUUUCCUGCAGGAGUGUGUUAAAGGGCAGUUCCCAGGGCUCCUGUCUCACCAGCAGCUCUGCGAGCACUCAAGGAAACCACAAGAAAAACAUCAAAACCAAAGCCGAUGUGGAAACACCAAAAGGCUCCCUGAUAAAAGAAGCAAGUGAAAACCUGCAAGAGGAUGAAGAUACAGUUGCAGAUUCCACGUUUCAGAGCCACAUCAUAGAAUCCAACUGCCUGAUGAGGACACUGGACAGUGGGAUUGGAACCUUUCCACUCCCAGACUCAGGAAAUCGCUCCACCGGGCGGUACAUAUGCCACCCAGACUCCCCAGAAGACACGGAGCCCAUCCUGUCUCUCCAGCCAGCACUUUGUUCAGCUUCGUCUAUCAGAGCUCAGACCCUUGAACGAGAAGUGCCUUCCUCUGAGGACAGCCAAGCCUCUGCAGAUAACGCCAUUGCUCAUUCCACAUCUGACCCCAUCAUGACGGCCCGGGGGAUGCGACCUCUUGAAAGCCGACUCCCUAAACCAGCCUCCUCAGGAAAAAUCAAUUCCCAAAAGCAGAACGAAGCAGAACCAAGGCCUCAGACCUGCUCGUCAUUUGAAUAUCCUGAAAACACAAUCACAAGUGAGCAGCUUCCAGACUGGCGGGGUGAAGACCCCACAGCUGAGACCCAGGACAAGGUACCCAGAAUGUGUGCGUACUCUGCCAGUGGUGGCAGUGAUAGUGACAGUGACCUGGACUAUGGAAAUAAUGGUUUUGGAGCUGGAAGGGGCAAGGUAGUGAAAGCAAUGAAGAGCGCCACCCAAGGUAACUUAACGGGAGCACCUGGACAUCCAGGGCUCCUCUCUCUGCGGCAAGCCGCUGAUUUUGCCUUUCCCUGUACUCUGCCUCCACCCCACCCCUGCCUUUACAUCUUAGCCCCGCAUCUCUCCUGAGAUCUAAUUUUCUGGUGUGUACAGAAGAUUGUCUAUGCGCAUCAAUUUGUUUUCUGGUAUAAUCUUCAUGACAUUUCAGUGCAGUCUGUAAGGAUUUUAUUUCCAAAUCUGGCAUCUCCCAAAAAGUCUCCAAUUGAGUUAUCUCAGUAAUGAAGGAAUGACUAGAAAGAUAACUUUGUUCUUAAUUACAUCCUCUGGCAUGUUAAAUUGUCCAGUGAGCCAUGGAUGGAGUCUUCCAGGCUUUUUGCUAAUAUCGUGCUGUGUAGCUCUGCACCUGUGAGCCAUGCCGUUAUGAACAGGUCUGUUUAUGAAGUUCAGGCUCGCUCACUGUAUGUUCUUUUUGAAUCAGAAUUGGCAGUAGAAAAACCAUCAUCCCGAGGCAUUUAAAAAUGCGUGUAUUCAGAUGGCUUUUCCUUACAGCUACAGGAGGACGGAUGAACCCCUGAUACAAAACGGGAUCCGGGGUCUACUUUCCUUCUAAUCUACUCUGGAUUGUCAGAAAUAUUUCAGUGAUGCAAUGGAGAAUCAUUUUGUUCAUACUAAUCGACUUUGUUUCAAAUACUAAUUUAGCAAUUAUAUGAUGAAAACAUGACUGUUUUUGAAAACAAGACUGAUCUAUUGCUUUAGGGAAAAUGUAGCAACCAUGUGUGUUUCCAGUUUUCCAAGAGUCUUGGCACAGGGACUUAUGGGGGUAAGAGUAGCCAUUAGCCCGAGACUCCACUUUGUUAAUUGCUUCCUGCAAGUUAUCAGAGAAGCAGGACCAAGGGUGAAAUCAUACAAAGGCUUACCAAGAAAAAAAUGAUAAAUACCGCAGGCAUUGUAGUUCAAUUGGUGUCCCCAUUGGCUCUCUGUGGUUUGUCGGCACCCCUCUGGUUAUGGCAAAGAAAGGGGGGGUCAUUGUCACGGGACUGCCCAGUGAAGACACCAAGGGCCAGGCCAGUUGUUGGUCCAGCUCUUCCUUUGAACUUACUGUGGGUCCGCGGUGACUAAUUUCACCUCGUUGACCUUCAGCUGCUUCAUCCAAGAGCGAUUUCCAGGGCUUCUUCCAGCUCUAAAACUCCAUUUAUUUAUUGAACAAAUAUUUAUGGCAAGCAUCCUCUGGGCCAGCUUUCCAGCAGUAAGUAACUGGACAGAAUUCCCUGCUGGAGGGUAAACAACAGAUAUGAUUAACUAGUAAAUGUCUAUCAUUUGUUGAAAAGAGAUGAGUGCUGUGAAAAAGACAAGGUGAAGCAGGGUAGGGGAUGGGAGGGCAGGACCGCUGGUGGGGGGCGGGGUUAACAUUUUAAAAAGCAGUCUAAACCAGUCUCACUGAGAAGGUGGUGUUUGAGAUUGGCAGGAGGAGAGGGAGUGAGCCAGGAAGGUAUCUGGGGGGAGAGCAUGCUCAGCAGAGGGAACAGAAGCCUGGAGGCACGAGCAGCAGGAGGCCAGUGUGGUUGUGGCCAGAGCACUUUGGAAGGGGGAGGGCAGAUGAGGUCAGACAAGUAAAAGGAGCCAGAGCUCAUCAGGGCUUGCUGGCCAUUCCAAGGACUUUGCUAGACAUGCAUGGGAGCCUUUGGAUGACUUUGAGCAGAGAAGAGGCAUAACCGAAGAUGUUCCCAAAGGAUCUCUCUGGCUACCAUGUUGUGAAGACUGAAGGAGCCAGAUCAGCUCAGAGGCUAUUCGAGUCACCCAAGCAAGAGAUGUUUAGUGGCUAGGGCAGGGUGGUCUCAGUGAAAGGUAUCAUGUGGCUCAUAAACACUUGAAAUGUGGCUAGUACAAGAAAGGAACAGAAUUUUUACAUUUAAUUUUUGCUGUUUUCUUAAGAGUUCUCACUUGGUCCAUUCCUUUUUUUCUCUAUUUUAUUAUUUUUUUAUCUUAGUUAAGUUCAACUUAAAUAUCGAUAGCCACACAUGCCAUAUACAGCACGGAGUGAGAAUGGUCUGAUUCCAGAUCUAAUUAAAAAGACAACACAAUUUACUGAUUGAUUAGAGGGUGGGGGCAAAGGAAAUCACCGAGUCUAGGGUGACUCCAAGGUUCGGGUCCUGGAAGGGACAGCGUUCUGCUGACUGAAGUGGGGAAGGCUGGGGUCGGAGCUGGGGUGGCAUCUCGGACAUGCUCAGUGCGAGCCGCCGGUGGAGCAGGUGGGGCGGCUGAGGAGGCAUGGGCCGUGGGUGGGAGUGUUGAUAGAGAAAUAACCCCAUCCUCCGGAGUUUACAGGUCAGGGAGAAAAGAAAGAGCCGGCAAAGGAGACUAAGCAGGAGCCAGCAGGAAGGGAGGAGGAGAGCGGGGGGCGGAGCUUGGUGUUUUAGGGGCUAGAUGAAGAAAGAUGUUGGGAACGAAGGGGGAAUUCCAUGAUUCCAUAUGUGGCUUGUUACUAAAAAGAGGGAUACAAUCUUCGUAUUCCGUGGUCCGGUCUCUGGGGUGGAGGGAAGGAAGUGGGAAAGGGGAGGAGGGAUGGUCCAAAGGCAAUUUGUAAACAUCUUGAAAAAGGAAACAAACCAAACUGUGUCAAUGAACAAGGGCUGGAGUGUGAAAGAACUUACUUUAGGGUUCACAUUUUAACAUUGUUUUCUUUAAAUGAGUCGUGCAAGACAAUCAGGAAUAAACAUUAGGGGAUGGCCAGGGAACCUGGUGAACAGUGAACUUGUUCCUUUAACUUUUCUUUUUGCUCUUUUUGCAAAUGGCAGUGAGUCUUAGCCUGAGAUGUUUUCUCAAUAUACUCACUUUGUUCAUGCUAUUCCCUUGAACCAAAGCAAAUCUCUAUUUGAGAGGAGGGGCUCCUUCCAUUCUGUUGCCCCAGCCUCUGGGCUAAUGGUGCUUCGUUGGAUAAGAAGCUGAGGGCUAGGUGGACUAACUCUGGAAGCAGCACCGCCAGCAAGAAGAUGCUUUUCCUCCAGCCAGGCACCUGCCCUCUGCUUUUAAUAGUGAACUUUUUGUUAGAGCUCUGUCAUCCGCACACCCUGACCGAGCCGGCAGCAGCUCAGCCCUGGCUGAUGACAGCCCUGCCAAGAAGAAAUAACAUGUGCAGACAGCUGGCAUGGCUGUGGGCGCCUGCUGGCUUCCGACAAACCCUAGGAAGGGGCAGGUAGGGUGGACGCAGCAGCAUGAACUUUGUAAAUGCUGGCAAAAUGGAUCUGAAAAGAAAUAGAAGUGAUUCAGAGAAAAACACUACAAGGAGUACGUGUCCUGGGUGUGUGGUUGAGAUGUCCUUCCCUGCCAGUCACCAUUUUGCCUGGUUUUCACCACAUGCACCUGUGAAAGUGAUUUCCCCCUCCCCCCGCAACCCCGUAACACGAUUUUGUAAUAGAGGUCCCCACCCUGCAGAAUGGAGUUGCUGGUGGAUCUGGAGACCUUAUUGGAUGUUCUCCAAGGUAGCUGUCCUUUCUCAAACAUGCCCUCUCUCCCUGGCUCCUUGAAAUUUCCCGCAGGUAGAGAAGGGCAGUUGAUGGUGGCAAUCUGUCCCUCCAUGGCUUAUAGGAAAUGCACGGUCAGGGACCUCUGCCUCUCACCCCAUGCUGUCCCCACCACCCCCUUCCGCAGGCCACUGCUCAGUCAUUAGCCACAGCAUGCCCGGGGAGGGGAGGGGGUGGCUUUCCUUUCAAACAGAGUGUCCUGUGACCCCACAUUCCCUGGUUUCUCCUGCCCACUUGCUCCUUUGAAUCACACUGAAUGUGGCCAAGGAAACCUGCUUUCCAAAACCCUGCCUACGGGCUCAUAAAGCACUAAAGUAAAAACAUGUCUUUUCUUUCAAGGUUAGUUUCUUUAGCUUAACUUUGAAAUAUGUUUGAAAAGUCUAGGUUGUUAGCACCAAGUGGCAGGAGCAGGAUUUAGGAGCUGGGUAGGUGGCCCAGCGGGUGAGGUUUCAGACAAAAGUAAUUUUGUGGCUUUGUUUCCACAGAGCCGCCCACUCUAAUUUGCCAAGCUGGGCAUAACAAACAUUCCCGCCUCUCUCCUACAGGCAGGGCCUUGGAGAAGGCAUGAGCAAGGGACAGAGGUGGAAGGGGAAGGGGAGAUGCAGCAAGCCAUUGGCAGAAUGUUGGAUGAGUCAAGACCCAGGGAGUUGAAUAGUGGGGCUCCAGUCUCUGGAUGAAGGGAGGCCAGGGGAGUUUCACCCCUGGCUGAACAUGCUGGACCUGACCGGUAAAAAGCCAAAUAACACUCCCUAGCCAAUGCUUGUCUCCCAAGCUUCUGACUCAUCUACCAGGCUAGCCACCACUAUCACCAACCCCACCAAGUACCUCAAAGGCAAAAGUCCAAACUGACACCUCUCUCUUUCUCUCUAGAAGUCUCUACCUCCCAGGUUCUCUGUCUCAACUGGCAGUCUCUCCAUUCUUUGAGGAAUAUACUCUGUGAAGCUAGUUUGCCUUAACCCUUUCUUCUCUCACCUUCCACAUUCUGGCAGUCCUGAGAGCCUGCUGGCUUCCCUCCCAUAUACUUCUUGAACAAUCCCUCUUUCUAGCCCCUCCACCAGUGGUCCAGCACUGCCUUCAUGGGUUACACAGCCCACUGCCUCCCUUUGCUCCCUGCCCACUGCCAGUCCCAUCCGCCCCGCCAAAUGCGUCUCCCCCACUGCCACCAAAGUGCGGCGUCCUAUCGUGUUGUACCUUUUGCUGGAAACUCUUCGAGGACUCUCCAUUCCAUUACCCACAGACAAAACCCAAUCUCCUCCUCUACAAGGUUCACAGAGCCCAUCUUGGCCUCGCCUUUCUGAUUUUACCUUUUUCCGUUUCCUAUUUUAAACUUUAUGUGUCAUCAGAAUGCUCCCUUCUGUCCUGAAUACAGGAUGCCGUUAGGGUCUUCCCUACCUUUGCUCUCAUGGUCUCACUUCCUGGAAUGUCCUUCAUACCAACACCUUUCUUCUCUAACCUUCAUGUAGCUCCUACUUAGUCUUUAAGAUUCGGCUCAGACUUCACCUCCUCCAUGGUGGAAGUCUCCCCAGAUGUUCCUCCAGCCGCCAUGCCCAAAUUACUCUUCCUUGUCUGUUCUGCUGUAAUACCCUGAAUUUAUUUCUGCCACUUGCCACUUGAGAUUAUACUUAUUUCUGUGCACGUUCAGCUCUCUCACUAAUGCCAGGUUUGUUCCUCGUUCAUGUUCUGCGCUUAGCACGGGGCCUGGUACACCAUACUUGUUUAAUAAAUGUUAAACAACAUCAUAAAUAUUGAAUAAAAUUGUAACUAACUCACAGAACUGGUUAAGGCCUUGUUUAGCUCCUCACACACACACAUCCUUCAUCCAUUUGGACCUUUCCUUGUCCAGAGAAAGAAAGACCCAGAGCGGCUACCUUGAGCGGAGGCCGUGCUAGAGAAAGCAACGAAUCCAUUUUCCCGUUUUUCUCAAGGGUGUAGACUGUUAAUUUACUCUUCGGUGAUGAUUCUUCAUGGGUGCUGUGGAGGCCUGUUAAGAAUCUUUUACUUUUUUUUUUUUUCUUUUCAAUGGCUCUGUGCACCCUGGCUUGAUUUUCAUAAUGUCUGCCCCAGUUUAGGAAUUCUUGUCACAGAGAGUUAUUCUUACUGACGAAAACACAUCAUACACCUUGACAUCUGAAAGAGACAAAUCAGGAGCAAGAAUCUUUGUUCUUACCAUAUUUGUUCUUUGAAAAUGUCCACGUUGGCCUGGUUAGUAGAUAAAUGAGAUUGGCAAAAGAAUAAAAGCAAAGAAGAGAAUUGACCUCUAAAUGAGUUCGUUUGGGUUUAUUCACCACUCGCUCAGUGUCCACGCCAGCACUGGACACCGGGGGUUGAGGCCAGGUUAGUGACAUCGCCCUGCCCCCUGGAUGCUUCUAAUCAGACCUGCACCUGAAGCCCCACCUGGGCGAGAAGAUAAUCAGGUACGUUACACAGUGCAAUCUACUGCCCAAGGCCGUACUGUGGGCUUCUCAGGGUAAGGAAGCCCAACUGAUACUUCUUUUCAGUGUUCGUAAAUCUCGUUCUCCCAAUCAAAGCCCACCGGGGUCUAUAGAUCACAUUUUUGAACUCACUUUCAAGUGAGUUCACCCCCUCCUUCCUUGAGCCCCAUACCCUCAAAAUGCAGUGUUUGGGUCAAAUAAGGAAAGCUUCAGGACCAGGGUCCCACAGCCACCUGACGACGCUCACCUAAUCAAGCUCUAAUUUCCGAACAAGAAGUACAUUUUCUUCCUUUGAAGGUGAUUACAUUCAACAAAUUACAAAGAGCGAGGGCCAGUGAGUUAAAAACAAUUGGUUUUGCAGUAAUUAGAAAAACACAAGGAAAUGAUGACUGUGGAACAAUAUUAAAAGGGACCCUGAAGGGUAACAGCUCUAGCUCCUGGUUAGUUCCUCAGCUUGAAUAUUUAGAGAUUCACAACUAAUUAUGCAGAGAUGAUGAAUUUUAAAAAAGCUGCCACCUGGCCUUCCCAAGGCCAAGGACUUUGGCUAUUAAUAGAGCAAUCAGAUUUUGCUAUUUUAUCGAAAAUUCACACAAAGUUGCAUCUAUUUUAAAGCAUUCAUCUGGCAUAUGACUUAAAGAUGACAAAUCUCUGUAAUGUGCAAAAUCAGCAUUAGGUUAAACGAAAUCCAAACUCAUUAUAAUCACUCCCAAGUUCCCCCAGAGAAAUCUCUUGUUUAAAAUGGACACUCCAGGUAAGAGUUAUCCUUAGUCCUUCCUGGAACUUCAUUUUCAAGAUUUGCUUUAUUUUUGACAAGCUCAUCCCAACUCAAGGUAAAUGGACACAGGCAAUAAAACACAGGGGAUUCAUCUCCCAGCAAUAAACUGUCCCAGGUGACAAAUGAAAAGUACUGACCAUGACAAGCUGGCCGCUCUGAGACCCUUACGGUAACCAGGGUCUCAAGUUUCUUUCUGUCACCUUCUGUCCACCAUGAGAAAACCCACAACCCUUUCAGCUGUUUGGAUGGGAUUUGCAGUAUGCUGAGAUUUGGGGGUUUCAGUGGGGGGAAGUGUCAUGCACAACAGUAAAACAAAACAAACAACCCCACUAGCUUCUGAAAAUCACGUGGUGAAAAGGUAACCAUCAGGAAAAAAACAAAAACAAAAAAACCCACUGUGCCUUCAGACAGGCUUGAAACUGGAGGCUGCGAUGUGACCUGCAUUUAAUUAUUGAAACUGCAUAUUGGGAGGCCCUUAAGAAAGCAAAUGUCAUGAUGGACAGAAUGAGUUUACCCUCCUGUCGAAAGAGCAGUGUGCCGUGGCGAGGCCGUCGUUCAAUUAAAUUGGACUGCGGGAUAUGGAGGAGAGGGAGGCCAAGUCUGGGACCCUAAUGAGACAUUUUGGAGGGAAGAGAUGCCCCCCUGGAGUUUGUCACUCUUUGAUGGACGUUCUCCACCCCCCAUCAUUACGACAACACCCCCACUGCUACCUCUCCAGCUUGAAUGUGUGGUAGCCCGAAACAUUUAAACCCCAGCAUGCAAAGCAGAAUUGCAAAGUAAAAACCAAAUCCUUGGUAGUUCUGGAAUAUGCAGGGGGAGCAAAUAAUACUUAAUGCUGUGCAAAUUAGCCAUCUUUGGCUGCCAGGGCAAAAAGAAAACAGCACAAAGGAUCUGAAACUAAAUAUAUAAGCAGCGAAUUGCAUGAUGCAUCAUUUGGGAAACUGUGUGUCCUCUCAGCCUCCCACAGGGGGAGCAGAAGGGAGUGUCGCUUGCUAGUACUCCAAUGAGUGUGUCUAAGGAUGACUUUUUUGUAGAGGGUUGCCCGUAAUCCAAGUAAUAGCUGUGUGUUCCCAAGGUACUAUGUGGCCCAGUGGCCCUCAAGCAGGAUGGUUGUGGCCCCAGGAGACAUCUGGCAAUCUCUGGAAACAUCUGGGGUUUUCAUACACAGAGGUGGGCAGUCUCCUAUCUGAUAUGUGGAGCCCGUGGAGAUUGCUAAACAUCCUGUAAUGCGCAGGGCAGCCCCCAAUAACAAAGCAUUAUUCCACACAAAAUGUCAACAAUAUCGAGAAGAAGCCAAGAGAUUACCCUUUAGGCAUCAGAAAUGUUCAUUGAGAGGGACAAGCUGUCAAAUAUUUGUGCCAAGAUAUGACAGCAGCCAAAUCCCUCUGCCUGCCCAGCAGGCACCCCAGGCUUGGCCCAGCACCUAAUUGGGUGGUUAAGAUGCCCUUCCUCCAAGGGGCUUUGAAAAGGAAGUUCAUGCUUCCGCCUGGGCCUUUCACACUUGGCUGUUGAUCCCGUUCCCAGCACCUUAGUCGGAGUGUGUUAGGGAGACACAGACUGCAGAAAAUGGUAACACAGAGCAUAGAUUAUUUGAGGCUGCUACACAUUAAAUCUCUUAUUAGUAUUUCAUUUCUGUCUCUCUUAGAGAACAUGUGCCCUGAGGAGGCGGAAAUCCUUUACAGACUUGAAAGUAACCGGAGGACAGUUAAUCCUCACACUGCUCUAGUGAAUUAGGUAAAUUGCAGUUAGAUGAAAAAUGAAGAAAAAAACAUAGUCAACAGGUGUUUGAGUUUCCUUGGGGACCUUUGAGUUUCAUUUUUGGCUGAAAAGCACAUAGUGACAUUUGGAAAGGGCCUCUUGCCAGAAUUCUUCCUUCUGAAUGGUUGAGACUCAGAAGAUUAACAUAAAUCUCAGGAUUAAAAAUGCUGGGGUCAAUAGAAGAAGCCCUGUUAAAGAAAUGGGGUAAGUAGGAAAAAGAAGGGUCUUAGUAUUCAGAAGUAACUCUUUCUGGAAGUAAUUAUUAUAGUGUGCAAAACAAGGAUGCAGUGUGCAAACCUUUGAGGUAUGAGGGGAAAGGAGAUGAAUAUAUUCUAAGUAUUUAGAGUGUUUUGUUCUCAAACUUCAGGGAUAAAGAAAGGGAUCAUUUCUCAUGUUUUCCCAUCCUAACUGCCCCUCCUCAACCAGCCGAAAACCUAGAAACAUACACAUACUGUACACCAAGCAGUAGAGCUCAGGAAAAACAAAAACAGAAACAAACAGCGUUCCUUCCCAAGCAGCAACCAGGAAAAAAUGUCAAGCAUCAUGCAGUGAAUCACACAACUGGCUGCUCUAUGAACCUCUUGGAACCUAGAAACCAAAAGCCAUGGUCAUUUGGCUGGAAGUGUUGGGCAUGCCCAUAAUCAGGAGUUAGGACACCUGGGUUCUAGGUCAGGCUUUGCAAAUAGACUUGGUGAUCCUGGAUGAAUAGUGUUGACCUUUCUGAGCCUUGGUUCUAUAUGCUGCAUGAUGCCCGCCUUGCCUUCCUCUCCCAGACUAGCUCAGAUGGGACAUCAGAUGUCACAAGGCUUCCAAUAUGCAGAGUGCUAAAUAAAUAUGAGCAGUAUUAUGUUAAAUGGGUUAAAAGAAAGAAUAAUUCCUGGAAUUUAAGGUUGAAGAUAUUGGAGGAGGGAGUGGGGAGCACAGAGACCUUGGAAACCACAGACCAAAAUAAUGGGAAGCUAAAGCCUCAAAAAGGUUAACCUCUCUCGUAAAUUAGUCAACAUCAUACAGUUUCAUUAAGGGAAAUAUCAUAUUAUCUUUAUCUGUUGUUAAAAUUCAGUAGAAGUGAGGAAGAAGUGAUUUAAACUCCCCUGAAACAAGCCAAGCAGCAUUCUCCUUCCUUAUUAUUUAUUUUCACAAUAAGUAGCAAUGUCCCAAGCUAUCACUCAGCAUCAUUGUUUUCAGAUUCAGUUACAUGGAAUCGGAAAUAUGGUGAGGCUAGAUCAGGUGGGAGAAAGUCCCAUUUUUAAUUAGACUGGGAAUUUUAUUAUAAAUGAAUAAAUCAGCCCUCUCUUUAAGGAAUUUAAUUAGAGAAGGAGGCAGCAUCCCUUCCAUAGUAUUGGCCAAGCUUCUCUCCAUCUUGUGCGGGCAGAGAAAGCUGGUGGUUGGUGCCCAGAUUCCCUGUUUAUGAG